AUGGCCAGCGCACAACAACCCCUCUACUCCCACGGGGAUCUCCACGACGAUGAAUCCAUUCUGGAUGAUGACAUGAUCGAGUCCGACGAGGCGCGCGCGCGUGAUCCUUUCGCGCAACGCGCAUUUUUGCAAGCAUUAGCAAUCGAAGCCGAUGAUCCCCUCCAUGAUACUACCGACCGGACCCCGCUCCGCGGCAACAUCCAAGGCGAAGCAUCUAGCACCUCACGCGGCGGCGGCGGCGGCGGCGGUGGCCGCAGCAACUUCGCGGGGAAUUACCUCACUUCAUCAAUUCCCGGCGAGGACCGUCGCGCAACCCAGAGUACCAUCGAUGAGACUGUGUGGGAGACCCUCUCGCGGGACCUGCGUGCCGUGUGGGAGAAGAUGCGGCAGGUGCUGUGGCCCAAGUACCUGAUCGGAGGCAUGUUGCAGCGGGGUGGAGGCGGGUUGGCGGCGGCGGAACGGGGUGAAGCCAGUGGCUUUGGCGGCGGCGUUCGCAAUCUGGUGGGCAGGUGGCCGGAUGCUGAUGUCGUGUUGCAGGGGGGUAUGAGUGAAGGGUUGAGGGAUUGGGAUCUUUGGGGACCUCUGAUUUUCUGCCUGCUGCUGAGUAUGUUUCUGUCGAUGCGCGCCAAGGGAGAGCAGUCGUCUUUGGUGUUCUCCGGGGUGUUCUCGAUUGUGUGGAUCGGUGAGGCGGUGGUGACGUUGCAGAUUAAGUUGCUGGGUGGGAAUAUCUCCUUCUUCCAGUCGGUCUGUAUCAUUGGAUACACAUUGUUCCCGUUGGUCAUCGCGGCUCUGCUCAGUGCGCUGGGUCUGCCGACCAUUGCGCGCAUACCGGUCUACUUGGUGCUGGUGGCGUGGUCGUUGGCGGCGGGCGUGAGUAUCCUAGGCGGAUCGGGAGUGGUGCGCAACCGAGUCGGGAUUGCGGUUUAUCCAUUGUUUGUGUUCUAUGUGGCUAUCGGAUGUCUCUGCUUUAUCAGUUGA